AUGUGUGUGUGUGUGUGUGUGUGUGUGUGGUGUGCAGCGGGCGAAGGCGGCCCGCAGUGUGGAGAGUUGGCAAGCGAGCGCGUGAUGUCCUUUGUAGUUUCACUCUUGUCUGAUCCGGUGUCAAAUGAGGGAAGCCGCGCGUUGUAUUCUAACGCGUUCAUUUCUGAAGUUCGCUUGCCUGUUGUGGAGUUUGGCGCAAGGGUUGUGGCUACUACGGUGAUGAUGAAACCAUUUGUGUUGCCUAUUGACACCUCUAGUCUUAGAAUAAAUAGAUGCCGACCACACAAAGAGUUAUCCCUGUCUGAGAGUAGCCCCGCCCAGUGUUGA